ACAGUUGUUGCGGCAGAUGGCCUGGUCAAGCGCGAUCUCCUUCGUCUGCCGGAUCCCUUCGCUGUUAUCACUGUUGACUCUGAACAAACCCAUACAACAAGCGUAAUAAAGAAAACUCUCAAUCCAUAUUGGAACGAGAACUUCGACUUGACUGUAAAAGAUUCCUCCGUCGUUGCUGUUCAGAUUUUCGAUCAGCGCAAAUUCAAGCGCAAGGACCAGGGAUUUCUCGGCGUGGUGAAUGUUAGAGUCAGUGAGGUGUUGGACUUCGAGCUGGGCGGUCAAGAGAUGCUCACACUCGACCUGAAGAAGUCCAACGACAAUCAAAUUGUGCAUGGGAAGCUCAUCAUAUACCUGUCAACAAACACGACUAUACCCAUUACCAAUCCUGGCCCGUCUCAAGUCUCCGGGAACUUGGGUGUUCCGGAUUUGGGGCAGAGUUCAGUUUCCCUUGCGCCCAGCUCAUCGGCGGUCGCCAAUCUUCAUCACUCGACAUCAGCGGCGAGCAGAAUUAGCAAUGCGGAAACAAAUGCUACCGCCCAGGUCUCGUCCUCAAACGCGAACAGUACGACCGCGCCCUUGGAGAAUGUCGCCACGCCCCGGGCGUCUUCGCAAGUCGCGGCUUCGAUCCUCCCUGCACAGAGCACCGCAAUUUCCCAUCCUGCUGUCAAUGCCGGGACACCAACAGCUGCAACCGCCACCACCAAUGCAAAUGCAACCCCGGAUACAGCGGUUACUACCUCGUCCCUUCCACGCAACUUCAAUCCGCAUGAAGAUCGGGAAGGACCAUUACCGCCAGGUUGGGAGCGACGCACAGACCACCUUGGUCGCCAGUACUACGUUGAUCAUAAUACUCGGACAACCACCUGGAAUCGCCCAUCUUUAAAUCCCUCUGUCAAUGACGCGGAACGAGGAGGUCAGGUGCAAGGGGCACGGGCUAGACAUGACGGCCGCAUGCUCGUUGAUGAGAUGCUAGAGACCUCAACUUCGGUUAGUGGCAGUCGAUCCUCCUCUGUUGCCCCCACGCAGACUCCUGUGGUCGCAUCUACCACCACACCAACGACAGCCGGAUCUGGGCCACUGCCAGCCGGUUGGGAAGAACGGCAUACACCUGAGGGUCGGCCAUAUUAUGUUGACCAUAAUACUCGCACCACGACCUGGGUCGAUCCCCGUCGUCAACAAUUCAUCCGAGUCUUGGGACCAAACAACAAUCACCCCACUUUGCAACCUACCACUGUAUCCCAGCUUGGACCGUUACCCUCUGGAUGGGAGAUGCGUCUCACAUCGACUGCCCGCGUCUAUUUCGUAGAUCACAACACCAAGACAACAACCUGGGAUGACCCACGUUUGCCGUCCUCGCUAGAUCAGAACGUCCCGCAAUAUAAGCGUGACUUCAGGCGCAAGCUGAUCUAUUUCCGAAGCCAACCUGCGCUGCGUCCGACGCCUGGAAACUGCCAGAUUAAAGUUCGGAGAAAUCACAUAUUUGAGGAUAGCUAUGCCGAAAUCAUGCGUCAAACACCUAAUGAUCUUAAGAAACGUCUGAUGAUCAAAUUUGAUGGUGAAGAUGGCCUUGACUACGGUGGCUUGUCCAGGGAGUUUUUCUUCCUUCUGUCACAUGAAAUGUUCAAUCCCUUCUAUUGUCUUUUCGAAUACUCAGCACACGACAAUUACACGCUCCAAAUCAAUCCAGCCUCGGGAGUAAACCCCGAGCAUCUCAAUUAUUUCAAGUUCAUCGGACGAUGCGUCGGUCUUGCCAUCUUUCAUAGACGAUUCCUGGAUGCGUACUUCAUUGUCGCGUUUUACAAGAUGGUUCUGCGAAAGAAGGUGGUGCUGGCAGAUCUGGAGAGUGUAGACGUAGAGUUGCAUCGUGGCAUGACGUGGAUGCUAGAAAACGACAUCACCGAUGUGAUCGACGAGACAUUCACUACGACUGAAGAUCGCUUCGGCGAGAUGGUAACAGUUGAACUGAAGCCUGGGGGAGCCAAUUUCCCUGUUACUCAAGAAAACAAGAAGGAAUAUGUCGACGCCGUCGUUGAGUACAGGAUAUCUAAGCGAGUGAAAGAGCAGUUUGAUGCCUUCAUGGUCGGAUUCCUGGAGUUAAUUCCGCAGGAGCUGAUCAAUGUCUUCGAUGAGCGUGAACUGGAACUCCUCAUUGGCGGCAUGUCGGAGGUCGAUAUGGACGACUGGACGAAAUUCACCGAUUACCGAGGCUAUGAGAUGAAUGAUGAAGUUAUUCAAUGGUUCUGGAAGUGUGUCAGGUCUUGGCAGCCGGAACGCAAGAGCCGUCUGUUGCAAUUUGCCACCGGUACAUCCCGAAUCCCUGUUAACGGGUUCAAGGACCUUCAAGGAUCUGAUGGGCCUAGGCGGUUCACCAUCGAAAAGUCGGGUGAUCCAAAUGGUCUCCCAAAGAGUCAUACUUGCUUUAACAGAAUCGAUCUCCCCCCAUACAAGGACUACGAGACGUUAGAGAAGAAGUUGACCUUAGCCGUCGAGGAAACCGUUGGUUUCGGGCAGGAGUAA